AUGGCUAAGGGAGGUAAAGUCCCCAAGGGCAAGAAGAUCACACUGAAUGUGGCCAGAAAUUGCAUCAAAAUCACAUUUGAUGGGAGAAAACGCCUUGACUUGAGCAAGAUGGGAAUUACCACCUUUCCCAAGUGUAUUCUGCGUCUCAGUGAUGUGGAUGAGCUCGACCUUAGCCGAAAUAUGAUCAGGAAGAUCCCAGACUCUAUCUCCAAGUUUCAGAACCUGCGUUGGUUGGACCUUCACAGCAACUACAUUGAUAAGCUUCCUGAGUCUAUUGGCCAAAUGACUGGCCUGCUCUACCUUAAUGUCUGCAACAACAAACUGACCACCAAUGGGCUGCCUGUGGAGCUCAACCAGCUCAAGAACAUUCGCACCCUGAAUUUUGGCUUAAACCACCUGGAUAGCGUGCCCACCACACUUGCUGCUCUGAAGGAGCUCCAUGAGGUGGGGCUCUUUGACAACUUGCUGAACAGCAUCCCCAAUAGCAUUGGCAAGCUUCCCAAGCUGAAAAAGCUCAACAUAAAGCGAAAUCCUUUUCCCAAGGAAGAAGAGUCUGAGCUCUUCCUAGAUUCCAUCAAAAGGCUGGAGAAUUUAUAUUUGGUGGAGGAGAAGGAUCUGUGUGGGCCUUGCCUGAAAAAAUGCCAACAAGCCCGUGACAAGCUGUAUAAAAUCAAGAGCAUGGCCACAGCACCACUGAGAAAGCCCCUCUUUUCCAAUUUGGUUUCGCCCAACUCCAUGGCCAAGGAGUCUCAGGAAGACUGGAGGUGA